AUGAGAAGCAAGCGGAAUGAACUCCAUAUCUUGACCCCAACAAAAGAAGAUGAGCUACUUCAGGUUGAAAGAUGGGCGCAUCCCGUAUCUCGUGCCGCCUGGCGGGGUAGUCUUGACGUUGUGCUGCUGGCCGUCGGGUAUGGAGUUGACCCAGACUACCAGAAUCCCGCGGGAAACACUCCUCUUGCCCUGGCUGCCUAUAGUGGCCAUAUCGACGUGGUAUACUUCUUGCUAUCGCAUGGGGCCAGACCGGGCCUCAAGGAUAUUUACCGGAACAACUCCCCGCUCACACAUGCAGCCGGUGAAGGACAUGGGGAAGUUGGCAAGAGGCCCCUAAUUCAUGCAGCGAGGCAAUGCCGACCCGAUACGGUGAAGUUGCUUAUUGAAUGUGGUGCCGACUUUAAUAUGGUGAACCAUAAAGGAGAUAGCGUUCUUUCGGCGGCCGCAAGGACCGGGGAUGUUCCACUACUCCAAUUGCUUCUUGACUUGGGGGUUGACAUGGACCUCUGCGUUUUGUUUGGGCAGUGCACGAGUACCAUCGCGAUGCAGUCCAGUUUUUGA